AUGCGGGCGCGGCGCCUCCCAUGCGGCCGGGGCGGGCGGGGCGCGCGGGCCGACACCCCCCCGGGUCCCCGCGCGCCGCCGCCGCCGCCGCCGCCGCCAACUUUCCCGGGACCCCGGCCCUGCGCCCCGCGCUCCCCGGCCGCUGGCGCCGCGAUCGCUUCCCCCGCCCCGAGCUCCGCGCGCACCCGGCCCCGGACUCCCCGGAUCCCCCCGAGCUCCGCGCGCACCCGGCCCCGGACUCCCCGGAUCCCCCCGAGCUCCGCGCGCACCCGGCCCCGGACUCCCCGGAUCCCCCCGAGCUCCGUGCGCACCCGGCCCCGGACUCCCCGAAUCCCCCCGAGCUCCGCGCGCACCCGGCCCCGGACUCCCCGGAUCCCCCUGAGCUCCGCGCGCACCCGGCCCCGGACUCCCCGGAUCCCCCUGAGCUCCGCGCGCACCCGGCCCCGGACUCCCCGGUUCCCCAGCCGCGCGCACCCGCCCCCCCGAGCUCCGCGCGCACCCGGCCCCGGACUCCCGGCUCCCGCUCGCCGCCGCCCGCGCCCUCCUCCGCCGCCGCCGCGCGCCCCGCGAGUGCCGCCGCCGCCCGGCUCCAACUUGCCGAGAGUUGCGCAGCGGGGCGGGGCCGACCGGGGCGGGGGCGCCCCCUCCCGACCGGCCGCCGCGCCCCAGACCCGAGCCUGCGCGCCUCCCCAGCGCGGGCGCGCACACGCGGGCAGCCCGGGGCCGCGCCUGAUGGAGAGCCGGCCUGGGCGGGCGGAGGGUGCGGUGCGGUGCGGGGGCUCCGGGCUCUGCGGGGCGGGGGGGCGGGGUGCGGCCCCGCGUCUCCGCCCCCAGCGCCCACCCCGGGUGCCGGGCGGCUUCGCGUGGCGACCGCUGGAGCGCGCACUGUCCGCGGGGAGGCGGGGGCUGCGGGACACAGACCCCGGGGGAGGGGGCCCAGGGGAACUUGGGGUUCCCAGUCCCGGCCUCUGGCUCUCCCUGCCGCCACCACCCCAUCCACUCACCCGGUGGGAGCACAUGGGAGGGCCUCCCCCCCGCUGGAGCGCACCGGCCGCCCCAACCACCACAGCCGGGCGGAGGGAGGGCACGAGCCCCGAGAAAGUGCCCGCUGCCCCACGCACCGCCUUUGAGGGUGGUUGCAAGACCGCCCGGGCCCCUUGGGCACCGAACACCGGGCAUGAGCCGGGCUGUGGAGACGCUGCCUCGUCCUGCCCCCAGGCAGACAGACAGACAGACAGCGGCGGCCGCGUCCACCCGGACCCCACCUUUCAUGCCCAGGACGUGGAGUCCGACCGGGCAGGCCCCUGCUUCCGCGCUGGAGGGGAGCAGGGCCAUUCUUUCUUCUGUUUUGUGGGUGGUCUUUGGUUAUUUUUUGUUUUUCACGUGGAAAAAGUAGAAGAGGCUUGGACGAGCUUGGAAAAGAGGCCAGGAAUGCUCGCUGCCGCCCCCGCCCGCCCCCACACCCCGGGCCCGGCCCUGGAAGAAGCGCCAGCUGCCGGAUCCCCGAUCCCCAAGUAUGUCUGGAAGCCGGGGCGCAGACCCCCCGCGCUCGGCCCGGCCCAGCCCUGGAAUGUUUGUGCUGGCGCUGAGGCCCCCUCCCCAGGCGGGCUGACAACCCAGGGCCUCCGGGCGGGGUGUGUGCUGCAGGCUACAGUGCAUGCUGGAACGGGGCCCCCCAAGCUCGCUAAAGGCCGGGGGCUGCCCUCUGCCCCGCCGAGGAAUGGACCCCGCCGGCCUAGCGAGCAGCCUCCUCGGUCCCCAGGCCCCACGCGGGAUGCCAGGGAUGCAAGGAUGCAAGGUCGGCCCUCCAAUCGCAGGGCAAGGAUGCAGGGCGCCUCCUCCAAUCACAGAGACCCUUCAUCCCAUUGGUCACGCGGGGCCCUUAGGCUGACACCCUAUUGGCCAAGGUAUGGUCACAUGGCCACAUCGAGCACAAAGGAUGCUGGGAAGUGUAGUCUUUCAGGACAGCCCAUGGAGGGGUUUCAGAUCUGGGCACCGCUGCCAACGGGGGCAGUCUCUGUGUGA